AUAAACUGUCUUUGCAACAGGAAUAUAAACCAGCAGCUUUUCCUUGCCUUGAAUAUCAAAAGCUUGAAUACUCUCGAUUGCUUCGUCUACGCCUAAUUCCACGAAUCGCAGUUUCGCCACCUUAUCACAGUAGCCUAGACUACUAGUCAUCUUACCAGGCCGGGCGCCAUGGCCGCGGAUGUGGGCCAGGCUCUGGCCUUCCUGCAGCAAGUGAAGACAACACAAGGCGCAUCAAUCUAUGAAGGCCUUAAAGCAGCGUUGGCGAAGGUUCUGGAGGAUCGGCCUGUGAACGCGGUCGAGGCGCUGGAGACCUCGGUGCUGUCGACACCCCCCGCAGCGAACCUGAGUGUGCCCCUUGUUCCCGCAGCUUCAGCUGCAGCUGCGGCAGCUGCCGUGGCGAAGGCGAGCCUAUUCGGGGACCCAGAGCCAGUGCUUGACCCCGAGUCAGGGGAACCUAUCGAUCCGGAUGCUCCCAACGAGUUCGAGUGCGAGGACGUGGAGGGCGACGGUGACCUGCUGGACGGCCUGGGUGUGGGGCUGGGCCGGCAGGAGAUGUACGCGGCCAUGCUGGCGGUCAAGAGGCUGGGGGAGGACGCCAAGAGGGGCGUAUCUACGGUGCGCUUCUUCGGCAAGUUCUUCGGCACGCAGGCCGACUACUACGUGUUUGAGACCACGCUGCAGAGCAACCCGGACAUGCCCGAGGCACCAGAGGGCACCAUCCCCUUGGAGCCGUACGGCGAGGGCGUCAACGCCUACAUCUACUUUGUGUCCAACACGCUGGGCGGCCCGCUGCAGCAGCUGCCCUACGUCACGCCCGAGCAGAUCAAGGCCAGCCGCCUGCUGCGCCGCUACCUGACCGGCCGCCUGGACGCGCCCGUGUCCGCCUUCCCAGCCUUCCCCGGCAACGAGGCCAACUACCUGCGCGCCCUCAUUGCGCGCAUCAGCGCCGCCACCGUGUGCUGCCCGCGCGGCUUCUUCACCGCGGACGACGACAGCGCCGAGCUGUCCGCCAACGACGAGUGGGUGCCGCUCAAGGGUCGCGAGAUGGCGCUGCCCGUCAACUGGUCGCACCGCUACGCGCACCUCAAGGGCCAGGGCCGCACCGUGACGCACAAGCGCGACCCGCCCGACGAGGAGGAGGAGCCGGAGAAGAACUUCUGGACGGCCGAGGAGAUGGAGGCCGGCCCGCCGCCGCUGGCCACCCUGGACACGGACGCGCCGCUGCCGGCCGCCACUGGCGACAAGGUGCCACCGCCCGCCUGGAGCCCCGUGUUCGCCAGCGCCUCGGUGACCACGCGCAACCAGGUGGCGGGCGUGCGCUCCAACCGCUGGCCGGGCGCGGUGUGCGCCUGCGCGGGCCGCCACUUCACGUCCAUGUACGUGGGCUGGGGCAUCAAGGCCGGCGGCGAGUGGUCGCCCUGCCCGCCGCCGCCGCCCGUGCCGCAGUGGGGCGCCCCCGCUGCUGGCGUCGAGGGCGGGCAGCAGCUGCUGCUCGAGUGCAACGACCUGCCGCCCAAGCCCGCGCCGCCGGAGGAGGAGGACGAGUAGGCAAGCCCAGGAGGGAAGAACGGAUCAGGGCGGUGUGGUUAGCUGAGGCUGAGGAGCUGGGUGAGGGAUGAGGUGUGGAAGGCGCAAAGGCUGCAGGGGGCAGGGAAUAUGGUGUUGGUGUGCGGGUCGGCGGGGAUGCGUCGGUAGAGGUGGGCGGAAAAAUUGUAAAAGCCUGAACAUGUAAGCUGAGGCUACAUGAAUACAGUAAUACCUCACCUCAGUUAUAUGUGCUUGUAAUGGAAGCAACGUUGCUUGUGUGCUGGUCAGCACUGAUGUUCAUUCAACGUGUUGGUGCUUGCUGCCCGCAAUGCCGUGGUGUUCCUUUGCGCUCAUCUUGGGAACGUGGGGGACAUACCCGGACAUGGAGCAGCCUUGCGGUAGUAUUGCCUAGCUUUUGUGCUGCCUUCAUGCAUGCGCCUUUGAGAUUGGCGGCUCCAGGUGGGAUGUCAUUCAUGGGAGCAGUUGAGUGCCAGCAGGGCUGAUGUCCCCAGUGCCCCCAGGCCCAAAAGGGUGUGCGUGGCCGCUGAGGCACGAGGUUCAUCUUCAUCGUUUACACCACAGCACAAAGCAGGCGUGUCAUCAUGAUGCCUUGAGUCGUUGAACUGGCAUGGCAUGUUGACGAGAUGACGACAAGGGACCAUUUCAGGCCAAGACCGCACAGAUCGCCCUCCCUUGGUGCCUCGCUGCCCUGCCCUGCCAACCCAUAAGCUGCGCACAGCAGCAUGGAGCCCAGUGUGACAUCCCUGGAAGCGCCACAACCAGCCCAAUCCACAAGUCUGUAGCUCACAAGGACCUCAUGCCCGCCACAAAGGCUGCCGCCAUACGAUGCGCUGCAUUCUGUGCGUGGUGCAGCAGUACUGUAGUCAGUCCCAAUGCUCUUGUUCAAUACUGUCUUUUA